AUGGUAGUGAAAGUCAUGCCGGAGGAGAAUAUGGUCGUGAAAGUCAUGCCGGAAGAGAAUAUGGUCGUUGAAGUGGUGUCGAGGCAGAAUAUGGUCGUGAAAGUAGUGCCGGAGAAGAACAUGGUAGUGAAGGUCAUGCCGGAAGAGAAUAUGGUCGUGAAAGUGGUGUCGAGGCAGAAUAUGGUCGUGAAAGUAGUGCCGGAGAAGAACAUGGUAGUGAAAGUCAUGCCGGAAGAGAAUAUGGUCGUGAAAGUCGUGUCGAGGCAGAAUAUGGCAAAUGAAAGUCGCACCGGAGGAGAAUAUGGUAGUGAAAGUCAUGCCGGAAGAGAAUAUGGUCGUGAAAGUGGUGUCGAGGCAGAAUAUGGUCGUGAAAGUAGUGCCGGAGAAGAACAUGGUAGUGAAAGUCGUGCCGAAAGAGAAUAUGGUCGUGAAAGUGGUGUCGAGGCAGAAUAUGGUCGUGAAAGUCAUGCCGGAAGAGAAUAUGGUCGUGAAAGUCAUGCCGGAAGAGAAUAUGGUCGUGAAAGUGGUGCCGGAGAAGAACAUGGUAGUGAAAGUCAUGCCGGAAGAGAAUAUGGUCGUGAAAGUCGUGUCGAGGCAGAAUAUGGCAAUGAAAGUCGCACCGGAGGAGAUAUGUGCCGGAGAGAACAUGGUAGUGAAGGUCAUGCCGGAAGAGAAUAUGGUCGUGAAAGUGGUGUCGAGGCAGAAUAUGGCAAUGAAAGUCGCACCGGAGGAGAACAUGGUAGUGAAAGUCAUGCUGAAAGAGAAUAUGGUCGUGAAAGUCGUGCCGGAGAAGAACAUGGUAGUGAAAGUCGUGCCGAAAGAGAAUAUGGUCGUGAAAGUCGUGCCGGAGAAGAACAUGGUAGUGAAAGUCAUGCCGGAAGAGAAUAUGGUCGUGAAAGUGGUGUCGAGGCAGAAUAUGGUCGUGAAAGUAGUGCCGGAGAAGAACAUGGUAGUGAAGGUCAUGCCGGAAGAGAAUAUGGUCGUGAAAGUGGUGUCGAGGCAGAAUAUGGUCGUGAAAAAUAUGGUCGUGAAAGUAGUGCCGGAGAAGAACAUGGUAGUGAAAGUCAUGCCGAAAGAGAAUAUGGUCGUGAAAGUGGUGUCGAGGCAGAAUAUGGUCGUGAAAGUAGUGCCGGAGAAGAACAUGGUAGUGAAAGUCGUGCCGAAAGAGAAUAUGGUCGUGAAAGUCGUGCCGGAGAAGAACAUGGUUGUGAAAGUCAUGCCGGAAGAGAAUAUGGUCGUGAAAGUCAUGCCGGAAGAGAAUAUGGUCGUGAAAGUGGUGUCGAGGCAGAAUAUGGUCGUGAAAGUAGUGCCGGAGAAGAACAUGGUAGUGAAAGUCAUGCCGAAAGAGAAUAUGGUCGUGAAAGUGGUGUCGAGGCAGAAUAUGGUCGUGAAAGUAGUGCCGGAGAAGAACAUGAUAGUGAAAGUCAUGCCGGAAGAGAAUAUGGUCGUGAAAGUCGUGUCGAGGCAGAAUAUGGCAAUGAAAGUCGCACCGGAGGAGAAUAUGGUAGUGAAAGUCAUGCCGAAAGAGAAUAUGGUCGUGAAAGUGGUGUCGAGGCAGAAUAUGGUCGUGAAAGUAGUGCCGGAGAAGAACAUGAUAGUGAAAGUCAUUGCCGAAAGAGAAUAAUGGUCGUGAAAGUCGUGCCGCCGCAGAAGAUGGUAGUCGAAAGUCAUCGCCGGAAGAGAAUAUGGUCGUGA